GCCGUCUAUACCAUGGCGACAAUAGCCUAUCCAUUGGCGUGGACUGCCGCCCUCGCGCUGUGCUUUGCGCUCUUCAGCGCCAUGGCUCGCUACGGCGUUGGCGAUGCGCUGGACACGAUCACGGUCAACGGCAAAACGUGCUCGAACGGAAUCUGCGUCGACCAGUUUGAUCACUGGCAAACCGUCCCCAUGACGUGGAAAUGCCGAGAUUUGCGUGACGAUUGUACUCUCCGGGCUGUACGAGGUCUCUGCCAAACUGACUCUCUCUACACCCAUCCACAUUGUCCCGUUGCCUGUGGAGUCUGUCACAAUCGCACUCGCGAAAUUCCGUUCGAAACUUCCGCACCUUUCUCGUCCCAUCCACGUAAUAGACAGGGACUUGUCGAAGUUGCAGGUAGUCGCUUCGGCGUCCCGCAAUUAAUUCCCGAACGCGGAUCCGACGACCGACAAGGAGUCUUGGAUCGGAUGCAGGACGCUCACGAGUAUUGGGAAGACGUCGUGAUGGAGGAAGAUCGGUACCAGCCGGUGCGCACCCUGUGUCGCAAUGAGUACGAACUUUGUGCGUUGUGGGCCGCCCGGGGAGAAUGUACCAACAACGAACGCUUCAUGAAGAAAUCGUGUCCAGUAGUUUGCUAUACGUGCGAAACGCUACACGUGGAUGCCUUGUGUCCGUUCGACCCAAAUAUUCCGAAUGCUUGGCAGCGGGGCGACUUGAAUCGAAUGUUUAAACGGAUCGUUCACGACCCCACCUUGGCGCAUUACCAAACUACCGUUCUUUCACGACCCGACUACGAACCGAACGACACGGUUGAGACGGCAUCGUAUCAAAUUGGGCCCUGGGUGGUGAUCAUUGAUGAUUUUUUGAACGAAACGGAGACGUCCACAUUGAUUGCCUUGGGGGCGGAUCAAGGCUACGAACGGAGCACCGACGUGGGUGAGAUUCUGGAGGAUGGGUCCUACGAAGAUGACGAGUCUGAGACACGCACUUCCACAAAUGCGUGGUGUUACAAUGAGUGCGACGAUCAUGAAGUAACGCAAAUUAUUUGGGAACGGAUGACUUUCUUGACCCAGAUCCCCCCCGAAAACUCCGAGUCGUUGCAAAUGCUUCGGUACGAGCCCGGGCAGUUUUACGCCGUACACCACGACUAUAUUGAAAACGACUGGAAUCGAGCCGUGGGUUCCCGCAUUCUGACCGUCUUUUUGUACCUCAACGACGUCGAAGAAGGCGGAGCGACUAAUUUUCCAGAACUUGAAUUGGCUGUUCAACCCAAACGAGGGCGUGCUUUGCUUUGGCCUAGUGUGCUAGACCAAUAUCCACACAAGAAAGAUGAUCGAACUGAACAUGAGGCCCAGGUAGUGACUAAAGGGAUCAAAUACGGAGCUAAUGCUUGGUUCCACCAACGAGACUAUCAAGGAUCAACACAGAAUGGAUGUUGACGACGAAACGGGGGUCUUUUACAUGCCAAAUAUACCAAUUCCUACCUGUGAAAGAGAAUGCUGAUAUUAGAUGACAACUAGCGGGGUCCUAUACUGGAGAUAUCCUUCACAGCCAAAUGCCAUGGAAUUUCUUUCAUAGCGUCUGGCUGGUUUUUCACUGUCAAUCGAGUUUAUCUCGUUGGCGAAGAAAAAAGCUAAUAUUAAGCUGAAAAGCGGUAUGCAUGAAUCGACUGUGAAGAAAAUAUGAUCCAAAGAGUUCGCAAUAGUCCACGCCGAGACGGUGUACAGUUUGUGCCGAGGCUAGCUUUUGCCGCUUAAGCCCGAGAAAUCCCAUUUGCAUGAUAUGUUAAUUCACUAUUUCCAGAUCUUUCGCGUUUAACAU